ACUGAGUCAUUUCCGGAAAAGGAAACCCUCAGUGGCUGAAAACUGGGAAGGCGGAACUUAACUCGGUUUUUGGCACGAGGGAGGCAUGGCUGCUGCAAGGGGUCACAUCCAGCGUCUAUGUGAUGAAGCCACGUGCUGCAUCUGCCGGGAUUAUUUCAAGGAUCCAGUGACCAGCCCAGAGUGUGGGCACAACUUCUGCCGAUCCUGCCUGAUCUAUUGCUGGGGGAGAUCGGAGGCAGAGGUUUCCUGCCCUCAGUGCAGAAAAGCAGUUCUGAGAAGGAGCCUUAUCCGCAACCGGCAACUGGCUAACGUGGUAGAAAUAGCCAAGAAUCUCUGCCUUCAAGCGGGAAAGGAGGAAGGGGAAAAAUGGAGGUGGAGAAUCUGCGAAGAUCACCAGGAGCCCCUGAAGCUCUUCUGCAUAGUCCACGAAGACCCCAUCUGCGUGGUGUGUGACAAAUCAAAGGAACAUGAAAAUCACAAGGUGAUUCCUCUGGAGGAGGCUUUCGAGGAAUACAAGGGAGAGAUCUGUCGCCGCCUGGAGAUUCUGAGGGGAGAGAGAGAGGAAAUUCUGGCCUAUCAAGCAGACCUGGACAGAAAGAGCAAAUACAUCCUUAAAUUAACAGAAACGGAGAGGCUGAAGACUGUGGAGAAGUUCAAAGAACUGCACCAGUUCCCGGAAGAACAGGAAAAACAUCGGCUGAAUCAUGUGGAAGAGGUGGAGAAGGAGAUUGCAAGGAGAAGGGAUGAGCAGCUGGCCAGACUCUCCAGGAAACUCUCCUCUCUUGAGAAGAUCAUACAGGAGAUGGAGGAAAAGAGGCAGCAGCCAGCGAGUGAACUCCUGCAGGAUGUGAGAAGAACCUUUCAGAGGUAUGAGAAAAGAGAGAGACCAGAGAAGCCACUGCUUUUCUCUCCAGAACUGAGGAACAGGAUCUUGGAAUCCUGUGAACUAAAUCACCUUGUGGAGGAUGCAAUGAAACAAUGGAAAGAUGCUCUGUUAUACAGAAAACCGAUUCAGAAAGCAAAUGUGACUCUGGAUCCAGACACAGCCCAUCCCAGGCUCAUCGUGUCCGAGGAUCGGAAAAGCGUAAGAUGGGAAAACGAAAAGCAAGACCUGCCCAACAAUCCUGAGAGAUUCAGCAACUUGUCCUGUGUGUUGGGACGUGAGGGAUUCAUAGCAGGCAGACAUUUCUGGGAAGUCAAUGUGGAACGUGGGGAAGAGUGGAGUGUGGGGGUCGCCAGGAAGUCUGUGAAGAGAAAGGGCUGCUUCUCCUUAAGCCCUAAAGAUGGGGUCUGGGAUGUGGGGAAGUCUGGAGGCAAGUACUAUGCCUGCACACCCCCUUCUUCCUCUCCUCUAUUCCUGAGUUGGGAGCCCAGGAGGAUCCGGGUGACUCUGGACUAUGAAGGGAGACGUGUGUCUUUUUCUGACGCUGACUCAGGAGCCAAACUCUACGCCUUCUCAGGAGCCUCAUUCUCUGGAGAGACCCUCCUCCCUUUCUUUUAUCUGUGGAGAAAUGAAACCCACCUCAGUAUCUCCUGAGGAAACUAAAUCUGCCUCUCGGGCCCAGCAGGAGUUUCUCUCCAGACCAGAGUGACCGAUAUAAAAAACAUUUACCCACCAAGAGCACGUUGGGCAGUUUUUCAAGGACCCUUUUCUUUCUUUUCCCCAUAAUUCCCUUUGCCGCUUACUUCUUAAAGAGACAGUCACACUUUUAACAGUCCCAAUAAACAAUCUUCUCCUCAAACGGACUCCCUCCCUUCACCCACGUCAGGCAGAAUAGCCAAAUUGGUGGCUGUCCUUGCCUCUUACGUGAGGGAGUUUCAUAGUUUUACUUUUUUUGUCAGUCCGGAAUCUUCCAGCCUCUGGGACUAAAUGGACCUUUGGCCUGAUCCAGGAUGGGUCUCCUUAUUUUCUUUGCCAAGUAUGAGAAAAGAGAGUGGAGUCAUAUUCCUCCCAUUUGUGGAGAUCACACUUCCACAUCUGUACACUACAGCGUGAGUCACUGGGAGCUGUUGUUGUCAGUGUGGGUCUGUGGCUGCUCUUGCGAUGUGUCCUUGGCCUUCAUUCUGAACCAUCAAGCCGAGAUGUUUCAUAAUGGAGCCUAGAACAUUUGGGGACUUUUUUUUUAAAAAAAAUACUUUUUAUUAGAUUUUCCAAUUAAAACACAAUUAUAUCACAUCAAUUAUUUCAAAUUAUACAAAUACAUAUCAAUUAAACCAAAUAUUAUGCCAAAUCAUAAAAAAAUUGUGGCUUCCCAUGCUUCAAAAUCUGGGGAUUCUAAAUAACUGUCCACACUGCCAUCCUAAUCCUGAUGUCAAAAUCUUCCUCAUAGUCCAAAAUAGUCCCGAUCUUUUCCCAACAAUCCUAGAUAUUAUUUUCUCUCUUGUCUUUUUGUCAAAGCUUUUGAGAUGAGCAUCAAACGAGCUUUAACACAAAAUUGUUCUCUAUUUUUUGUCAAAUAAUCUUUAUUGAAUUUUUCAAAUAUACACAAACAAAACAUUACCUUCAUUAGUAUUUCAAAUUCCAAUUAUUCCAGAGUUAUAUAAAAAUUAAAAAAGGAUAAAAAAGGAAAAAAAAGAAAAGGGAAAAAGGAUUACUAAUAAUAAUCUCACUUUCAUGUUCAUUUCUAGUGUUGUUCUGUGACUUCCCUUCUUUUUCUGUUUCUUACUGUCAUCAUUUUCUUUGGCGUUGUCUCUUUCAUUGUUCAAACUUGCUUUAUACUUUUUACUCAGGUUUUACAGAUAUAUUUAACUUAUCUAUGUACAAUUUGUUGUUACUUGAAUUUAUGACAUAAUAAAGUCUUUACAACACUCAUUGUUCUCUGUGUGGGGUUUUUGUCCAGUCCAACCUCCCCAUAAAUCCUCCUCUUAUCUGGAGUGCCUCUCCGGCCACGUUGACAGUCAAGCACAAGCAAGCGCCAACUUGAAAGACUCAAAUCGUAUUCCAUCUUCUCCUCAAAAAGUCCAUCAAUCACAGAAAUGCAGCUUUUUCAGGCGGGGGACAGCCGAUUCAGAUUAUGCACAGUCUCUUAUAACAGAUUUAUGGCUCUCCCCGCCCUUUAGCUGCACUCUGCCUCCUGAGACUCCAAUUAGGCGACUCUUAUCACUCGAAUUCAAAGUGUGUCACACCU